AUGAAGGCCCCAGCAGCCCUCUCGCUGCUCGCCAGCCUCCUCGGCACAACCAUCGCCCAGCAAACCACCCCCCUUGGCUCCGUCAGCUUCAACGCCCCCCAAUGCGGCGGCGGCAAGAAUAACCACAUCAACGCCGCGGACUGCAACACCGCCGUGCCCCAGCUGCUGUCCGCCCACUGCACCGACGGCGUCUGCAGCAUCCCUCCUGCGACUCAGGGCGCCCAAGAGUCCGCCAUUUCUGUCACGGUCGGACAGUGUGAGGUCUUCAUCGGCGCAUUUGCAAACGGAAACGCGGUUACGUUUGACGAGCAGUCUGUGCAGGACGCCUUUCCCGAUUUCAUAUCGGAGUGUCUUGCUACCUCUGGGGGGUUUGGCAGUCCGCUCCUGAUUUCGACUGAUGGGGUUCUUCGCUUGGUCAUCUCAAACGGAGAGAGCGGUGGUGGCUAA